AUGUCUCGCGCUCACCUAUUCCUCAACUGGCGCCCAACAAUACGAAUACGUCCUUCUACACUCCACCUGCACUCCUCAGUCCGGGCCCAAUCCACCGAAGCGAGCGGCAUAUCGCGCCUCGACCGCCUGACGGCCAAGCUCCCCAAACGCCUGCAAAAAUAUACAAAUGGCCUACGCAACGCCCCUGUUUCGCAUGUCGUUUCGUUUAUGAUUCUACACGAAAUCACAGCAAUUGUACCUUUGUUUGGGCUCUUUUCCCUGUUUCACUAUACCAACUAUAUACCUGUAUCCUAUGUGACCGAUCAUUUUGGAGAGUCCGUGCAAGGAGGGAUCGAGAGGUACGAGCGGUAUUUCAAGCGCAAAGGCUUGUUUGGCUUUGGGCAAGAAGAUAAUAGCGACACGUCUGCAUCCGAGACCACGGCCCAGGACGCACAUGUGGAGGAUGUUGUGCAGCGCUGGCACAAUGGGGAACAAAAGUACAAAAUCCUGGUCGAGGUUGCCCUGGCAUAUGCGAUAACGAAAGCCCUUCUCCCGGUCCGAAUCAUCGGUAGUGUUUGGGCCACGCCGUGGUUUGCAAAAAUACUUGUUAGAGCUAAAUCUACACUGACCAAAAAGCCAUAA